AACACGCACAUAGAACUCCAUUCGCCCUUCUCAUUUCUUUUUUGCUCUUUCGAUACGAGUAGAUAAUGUUUUAAAAACCGUGUGAUUUUGUCAGUUCCUCGUGUAAUGCUCUUGGGAAAGAUUGCACUCCUAUUUUUCAGUUAUACUCGUAUAGCCAUUUGCAACUCCAAUGCUGUGCCCAAGCUCCCUUACGACUUCCAUCAAUUAACCUCAAAGUCCUACUACGUCGAUAAGAGCGAACUCUUGUAUACCUUCUUCAGCGAACGCGAAGACUGGAUGCGAUGCGGCGUACAAUUCUGGUACUACAUCAGUUGUCCUCGAGGUUUCGGGAAAACCACCAAUCUACAAAUGAUUCGAAAUUUCGCCGAAAUCCAGGUCGAUUUCAUGGGUAAUCGAAUCCCUAAACAGAACACCACAGCUUACUCUAUUUUCAAGAAUAUGAAAAUCGCCAAGAUCCCCAGAUUCAUCGAAGCUCACUUGGCCGAGUACCCGGUAAUCUAUUUAGAUUUCAAUUUCACUCCUGAAGAUCUCGUUAAUGAGACAACCUGCGUGGAUGCUUUGUUCAAAAAAAUUCAACAAUGUUAUCAGCAAUACGAUUGGUUGAAACCGAGUGUUAGGAAUUUGACAUUGGGAACGAUUAUGCAUAAAAUCCUUCACGACCAAUACGACAGGAAUAUUGUACGUAGAAGUAUCCACGAUUUAUCCGCCAUCUUGCACGAGUAUUUCGCCAAAGAAGUCGUCCUGCUAAUAGAUGAUUUCGAUAGCGCUGCCAGAAUGGCGAUGAAAACGUCUCGAGUCGAUGUGAAAAUUUUAUACUUUCUAAUUCACGAGGUUCUCGAUAAAGCUCAUCACUUCACGAGCUUCGUUCAUCACGCUAUUAUCACCGGAGUAACCGGAUUGAAUUUCAAAUCGAUCGUGUACGAUCAUCGAAUCGUCGAAAGAUGCGCCUUUCUGGACGAUCAUCGUUUCAGCGUUCAUUUUGGUUUCGACGAUCACGAAGUCGGUGUCAUUUUGGAUAAAUACAAUUGCAGCGAAAUCGAAAGAAACAAUUUGACGAAUUAUUACAAAGGGUACAAAGUCUUAGGACUGGAUCGAAGAAUCUAUAAUCCUUUAUCAAUCAGUCAAUAUUUCAUCUCGAAAGAACAAAAUGUGUCUGAGAACGAGCUCUUGAAAGGAUACUGGAUCGUUGACGAAGAAUUAGACUUUAUAUUGAAUUUCUCCACGGGCCAAGAUUCUUUAUUCCGGCGCAAGAUAUGGGGGUUGGUUAAUUGGGGUGCUUUCAGAGCAAGCUGGCCGAUAAAGGAAUACCCUCCGAGAAUGCUGCACCGAUUUAUCAAGCUGAGAGAUUCCCAUUACCAAGAUAUAGAGGAAGAUGAUCCGAAAGGAUUCCUGGCGUAUUUCUUCGAACGAGGUUUCCUCAGCCAUGCUGAGGGUCGGAAUGUCUUUGAGUUACCUAAUAUGGAGAUUAAACGAGAAUUUAUGAACAGGUUCCAAAAUGAUACGUUCAUCAACACCAUGCCUUAUGAGCCAGAUCUUGUUAGAAAAGUUAGAUCUGUGAUUGAAUCUGACGAGUCAUCAGCACUGGGUUCUGGAGACGACUACGAAUUGUACGAUGAUGAAGAAGAAAGCGAGCAUCGAGAAGAAGAAAGACAUUUAGAUGUUAGAAUAACAAAAAAACAAUACGAGGAAAUAACCCGCCGACGUAAAAAAAUCGCUAGAGCGUUCACAACUCCUUGGAGUAGGAGAGGAUGAAAGAUGCCACCGAGAAUUCAAUUCUUUUUCGUUGAGUUUCUUCUGAAAGAAAUAUCUAACUAAUGCUGUGCGAUUGAUUUGAUUCAAUUUGGCGAUAAUUUGUGUUUUAUGGCGCUCCCUCCCACCAAUCGAAGUUAUUCCCAAGUUGAAAAAAAAACUAAGAAUGUAAUGAAUAAUUUCUCAUCUAAAAUUUUGUACAGACAAUAAAUGCAACAAGAUAUUAAGAACUUUGUCUUUGCCCUCUCUCCGAACUUGACCUCUCGAAUCGAUUGCCACGAUUUUCAGGUCGAUCUGGAGCCUCUAGCAAAAGUUGGCUUUCCACCAGCUAUUUCGAAUUGAGUCAGAGAGGCAGUUGAAAAUUCAAUUCUGUCAUAAGUUCAUCCUUCUGAAUCGAUAAAGGCAGAUGAAUCAUAAAUAAUCUGAGGUGACAAGUCAAAAAAAUCUAUUAUUGACAAUUUUGCCACAAAUUACUCAAAAAUUCUUCUUUUUCUCUUAAAAUUGAUCCCCUGAAUCGAUUGUAACCAUUUUUGGAUCGGUUGAAACCUCCAGCAAAAUUCGACUUUUUCCAGUACCUAAUUUUAAUCACCUCCGAAGGUGUCAUAAUAAACUUCGGACUUUGGUAACCGAAACUUUAAUUCUGUGAUCAGUUCAGCCUUCUGAAUAGCGAUGCUUAAGGCCAGUUGAAUCACAAAUCCGAAAUGAGUAGGUAGUUGAAAAGUGUUGAUAUUAUUUUUUAAAAAGUUGAAAAUACUCAAGUUGAAAAAAAAAACUCCAAUAUCAUCACUUUGGCAGCAAAUUUUUCAAAACUUCGUCUACUCCCUAAAAUCGACCCCCCCCCCCGUCCAGCAUUUCCUCGAAUCAAUUACAACCAUUUUCGGACCAAUCUGAAGCUUCCAGCAACUUGACUUUUUUCCAUUGUUUUCAAAUCACUUGAGAAGGUAUUUUAUUCCACUUCAGCAGCGGAAAAUUUAAUCAUGUCAUAAGUUUGACCUUCUGAAUCGAAAAUCCAAGGAGAGGAGUUGAAAAGCGUAGGUAUUUUUUUACGAGAUGAGAAAUCUGAAAAAAAAUUCAAAAUGGUCAGCUACCCCAUAAAGUCGAUCAACCCCCUGCGUUUUCUUUUUCCUUGGAGUGGAAUAGACAUUACUGCUGCUGUUUUAACCCUUUGUUUCCAUGCUUGUCACUUUUAUUUAAUAGGUACCAUGUUCUUCUUCCAACUUGUCUUCCUUUUGUUUUUCCAGUUCUUCUCCGAAUUAUUUCUUUUGCACAGUUUUUGAUUUGAUUUUUGCGCGAUGUCAGGUUGUUGGUAUCGUUCUUUGCUCUUCUUCUGGCUCUUAGUGACUAUCUAGCAUUUUGCAGCCAACAGCUUUUGGUCAGAGUUACAGUCAGCACCAGGAUAUGUAUGACAGUUAUUCACUGUGUUCUUGAAUCUUUCUUUUACAAGCAUAUAUAGUCUAUCUGGUUUCUGACUUGAUCUCCAGGACUGACCCACAAGUCACAAGUAUACCUCAUUGCGUGAAAAUCUGCCAAUGAUACCCGACAAAAAAACGCAACAGGAAUUGCAACACUUUCCGCCAAUACUUUUCUGCUCAUUAAUCAGCGCGUAUAUUUUUUACGUAAUAAAUUCUGCCAAUGUCCAAUAUUCAUGAAAUUUUUUAUGGUUCUGCCAGGGAUCGAACCCCGGCGCCAGAGUUAAAGAGCAACUUUUCUACUUACCUGACCACUGGGACAAGUGAUGGACUGAAUGCAAAUAUUUCUAUACUAUGCUAAAACAUUUGCGUAAAAUACAGCAUUUACACAAUCAUGUUAUUUAGCAAAUAUGUGAGGGCGCAUAUGGAAAGGGACCUAACGACCAAAAGACAUAAAAUUUCACAAGAGGAGGGUUUAAAGUUUUGCGUUAGGUAUUUCCCUUGUUUUAAGGUACGAUUACAUAUGGAUGGGUAUUCCGACUUCGAAGGUCCUAUACAUUAUCACACAUUCACACACACCCUCCAACGAUCUGUACUGGCCAAAUUAGGCACUACAAAGUUGAUAAAGUGAGCAAUUCUGUUGAUAUUAUCAAAAAUUUUAGGGUAUUAGUUUUGAUAAAAAUCAUUUGCUGCUGAUUGUGGCAGUGUUUUUCAGUUCAACUUGUGUUUUUUAUAUAGUUUCACAUUAAAGUUAGUUAUAUAUUGUUAAAAAAUACAUUUUGUAAAUCGAUACCGGUGGCUAGGUGUAUGUACCUUGCCGAAAGUCUUCGAUUCGAGUUCUGUCUGCUAUCGGAAACUUUUUUAAAUGAUUUUUUCCACUCAUAUCUUAUUAAAGUCACGAGUUUUUGUAAAAUUUUCAUUUUUUACGCGUUUUUACAACUAUUUUCAAAUUUUUUGCGUCAUUUUUCAACUUUUAUGAAUGAUAAAUGUAUGCAUGAUUCGCUUAAAAGUAAAAAAAAAAUCAACGAAAUUGUUUGCCAAAAAUUCAAAGAAAAUAUAGGUAUUGUAAUUUUAUGACAUGUGACGUCAUACUUUUUACGAUCGUCGCAUAUAUUCUCCAGCUUUGUGGUGACAAGGUUAAGUUAGUUAGUUUUUUAGUCUUAUGUUAGUCGUUGUCUUGAUCUUUGCACUGUACUGUUCAGUAAAAAAUAAAGAGUAUUGUAAUGUAAUUCGUGUUCGCGUAUUUUUUCACAGAAUUUACAAAAAAUUAAAUGUUGCUACAAACAGAAAUAAUAAAAAUUGGGGCCUAUGGAGGGUUCUACUCGAUUUUUAAAGAGUCCCUACAAAAAUUUGGCGAAGAAAUAAAAAAUUGAUUUUUUGGUCAUAAGGUCCCUUUUCCAUAUGCGCCCUCACAUAUGUGAAAGAAUAUGCCAAAAAGCAGGUUAGUGGCAUAUUUUGUUUUUGUAGGUAGUUAAUUUCUUCCAGCGUGAAGAAACACGCCACAUAAUUUGAAAGUGCUGUGGCCUUAUGCGAGAAAAAUAAGCUGCACAAAAUAUUCACAUAGCGUAUUUUUUUUUUUUUUUUGGUGCACCAAUCCGCCUUCUGAACAGCACUUUUUCAUGCGUAUAUUCAGAAUAUGUCAAUAAACCAGCUGGUUUUGGAGUCUUUCUCAGUGUAUGGGCACGUUUCCCCCAAUGGGGUAAUUGUCUUGUAUGCUGUUUGAACCAGGUAUUGCAUAUUACUAGAUCGUGUCUUUCUGCAAACUCUACAAGCAUUUCACUUCUUUCAUUCUGCUCUCCAAGUGCGUACCUCCCUGCAACAUGGCUGCAGCCAUGAUCAUUCUCAACUUUGGCAUUGAAGUCUCCCAUUAAAAACACAAGGUUGUUGUUUUUUGGGCAGCUCAUCACUUCUUCUACAUAGGUCAUUGUAGAAGUUGUUGAUUUCCGCUGUACUGCUUUCCACUGUUGGCGCAUAAACUUGAAUUAUCAUCAUUGGUUUUGGCUUGACCUCCAAUCUCACAAGUAGUAGGUAUCCUCUAUUCGGGGUGAUGUGUUGAAAAGUGUACUUUUUAAAAUGUCGAAAAAUAUUUUGUAAUAUGUAAAUCCAAAUUCGUCAAACGACCAGGCCCCUGCUCAUGGCACAAUUUCACAGAGUCAAAAAAAUGAACCCGAGUGGAUGAAACUUCCUUGUUGUUUUUGUGGCAGUAUUGUGAGUGAUUUGGAAUAGUAGGAGAAAAGUCAACUUUUACUAUGUAGAGGCUUCAGAUCGGUCUGAAAAUGGUUGCAAUCGAUUGAGAGGAUCGAUUUCGGGGAAUAGACUCAGUUUUGAGCAAUUUGUAGCAAAAAUUAAUUUUGAACGUUGAAUCUAAUAAACAGAAAUUCAGUUUAAAGAUCUUGAAA